UCAAAUACAUUUUUCUACAUUGUCGUUUCUUCUUCUCUAACUCAUUUUUUCCAAUUAUAUAACAUGUCCGUAUGUACCAGAAAUACAGUGAGCGGAAUUCAUGGAAGUUUUUCCCUGUUUCAAGUUCUAAGGGGGGACACGAAACUUAUGUGACAGAAAUCAAAGGAUAACGUGUCUACAGUAAAUCGAAAUAAGAGUCUGGUUUUCAUUGAGUUCAACGUAUUCCUCAAACAGAAACACAGGGCCGUAUGCAUACUUCUACGACUACAGUAGUCAUCAUGCUAGAGGCAGAUGAAGUUGAAGUAGUGAUUGAUCCGAAGGACAUUGAACUGACUACUGCAAGAUCUGGGGGCGCAGGAGGGCGAAAUGUCAACAAGGUGGAGACAGCAAUUGAUCUUUCCCCAAGCCGACAGGAAACCACAUUUUUUGCACUGAAGAAAGGACUCAACUUGAGAAUAAGAUUCGGGCUUUUCUAUUGCUACGAGCCAAACUAUGAGCAUCCAUUACAAUCAUAGCAUUUCUCACAUCAUCGUAUAAAUUACGUGA